AUGGACUCUGUGGACGGAGACGUGUACUACGAGGAGAGAGGAAACAUGGACUCUGUGGACGGAGACGUGUACUACGAGGACAGAGGAAACAUGGACUCUGUGGACGGAGACGUGUACUACGAGGAGAGAGGAAACAUGGACUCUGUGGACGGAGACGUGUACUACGAGGAGAGAGGAAACAUGGACUCUGUGGACGGAGACGUGUACUACGAGGAGAGAGGAAACAUGGACUCUGUGGACGGAGACGUGUACCACGAGGAGAGAGGAAACAUGGACGGAGAGGUGUACUACGAGGAGAGAGGAAACAUGGACUCUGUGGACGGAGACGUGUACUACGAGGAGAGAGGAAACAUGGACUCUGUGGACGGAGACGUGUACUACGAGGACAGAGGAAACAUGGACUCUGUGGACGGAGACGUGUACUACGAGGAGAGAGGAAACAUGGACUCUGUGGACGGAGACGUGUACUACGAGGAGAGAGGAAACAUGGACUCUGUGGACGGAGACGUGUACUACGAGGAGAGAGGAAACAUGGACUCUGUGGACGGAGACGUGUACUACGAGGAGAGAGGAAACAUGGACUCUGUGGACGGAGACGUGUACUAA